AUGUCAGAAUCAAGUCAAGUAUGUGAAAUUAUAAUUAAUAAAAAUGAUCAACAACAAGAAGAAACAUCAUUAACAAAUGAUGAAUCAAAUAUGAUUUCCAUAACCGACGAAAAAACAGUAAUAUUAGAAAAUGAAUCAGAAUCGGGAAAAACAACAGACGAUGAAUAUGAAGAUUUAGAAGAUGAUGAUGAAGAAGAAGAAGAAACAUCUAUUUCUAAGAAAAAUCUUUCGAAAAAAACUAAGAAUAAUGAUGAAUUACAUAUAAAUAUUAAACCGAGACGUAUAAAUCAAAAACGUCAAGAUGAUGAACAUUCCGAAGGUUACGAAGAUGAUGAUGAUGAUGAUCAUCAAAAUGUACCAAAAGUAAUUGGUGAUAGUAAAAAAUCGGAUAAACCUAAGGAAAUACUUGACGAUGAUAAUAAUACUCAAAGUCCAGCUUAUAUUCCUCGUAAAGGAAAAUUUUAUGAACAUGAUGAUAGAACAUUGAGUGAAAAUGAUCGACCAAAACAAAAUGAUAAUCGGUUUUAUAAAGAUUCAGAUGGUAAAUGGCAACAUGAUCUUUUUUAUCAAGAUGAACAAAAAUCAAAAUCACGACAUUCAUUACAAAAUUACAAUGGCAAUCAUUAUGAACGUAGUUAUAAUAGUAAUGGUGAACAACCUCGUUCAAAUAAUUUUAUAUCUCGACCUUAUAAAAGAUAUACUGGUUAUCAACAACCACAACGAUAUACCAGUAGUUACCGUCAACGACUUUCUCAUGACAAUUAUAAUAACUCACCUAAAGUUCCAAUAAAUAGUUUCGACUUGAAAGAUUACAAUCGUCCAUUAUCAUAUAAUCGUACUGGUUACAAUAAAGAUAUGACUACUACUACUUCUAAAGAAGCACAAGUAACAUCUCGUCAACAACGACAUGAUAAUAAUCCAUUACAGAUUGAUGAACGAACAUUUCAUCGUCGAAGAGAUUUUAAAAAUAGUCAAUUUCAAGAACAAGAAAAUGGAUCGAAAAUCAAUACUAAUUUUAAUCGUAAUGAUCAAAAACGAUUCAGUGAACAAAUUAAUGGAAAUGAUAGAUUUAAAGAUAAUAAUGAAUAUUAUAAUCAUACAAGAAAAAAUCAACAAGAUUCUAAAAAAUAUGAAUUAUAUGAAAAUAAAAAUACUUUACCACCUCGUUUUCAAACAAAUAAUAAUAAUAAUAAUCGAACUCUUAUACAAAAACAACAAUUUCAACAAAAACCACCUUCAAAUCUUUCAUCUGAUAUAACAAAUAAUGAUCGUCCUAAACGAUAUUCAAAUAUGCGUAAUAGUAUGACAAAUUAUAAUCAACAACAAACACUCUCAUCACAACUACAACAUUAUCAAGAUCAACGUUCUAAUAAACUUGAACAAAAUGAUUGGCCUCAAGCACCAUCACCUCCAAUAUCAUUUCUUCCACAACAAAUCAUAACACCUCAAAUGUUUUAUCAACAACAACAACAACAACAACAAUCACGAUAUGUUCCAGUGAAUCUUUCACAAAUGUCUAUUUCUCAACAGGUUAAAAAAAUAUUCUUUUCUAAAAUUUAA